UUCUUGUUUUGUAUCUCAGUUUCUCUCUUUUUUUACACACACAAAUUAAAAUUAAACAAACAAAAAAUAAGCUCGGUAACCUAGCUAAAUUCAGCCCAGAGCACCACUACAGCUAUGUGAGGGAUCGGAUCGGACCGAGACCUCGGAGUGUUUGUAAAUAUUUAUUUAAAUAAUUUGUGGGGAGAGAGAGAGGCACUACUGCUCAAGUGAGUAGAGGAGGGGAGUUGGAGAGAGCACGUGAACACCAGUCUCCGUGCCAGCUGACAGGCUGAAAGUUUCCUGGGACUUUCUGGCGAACUGGAUCAAUGAUGGAAUUGCAAACAUUACAGGAGGCCCUGAAAGUGGAAAUACAAGUCCAUCAGAAACUUGUCGCCCAAAUGAAGCAGGAUCCACAGAACGCAGAUCUGAAGAAACAACUUCACGAGCUCCAAGCGAAAAUCACGGCUCUGAGUGAGAAACAGAAAAAAGUGGUGGAGCAGUUGAGGAAGGAGUUGCUGGUGAAACAGGAGCCCGACUUGAAGCCACAGACGCUCCCAGCAACCGCAGACGGUAAAACCGUGCUGCUGACGCCCGCCUGUCCCCCUUCACAGCUGCCCACAGGGCCUCCACACAACCAGGGGGCGCCACAGAAGACUCUCACCGUGACGCCGGUCAUAACUGCAAAGACUCUACCUCUCGUGCUGAAAGCUGCCACCUCCACCAUGCCUGCUUCCAUGGCAACACAACGCCCCACAGUCGCCAUGGUCACUGCCAUCAGCAACCCCCUGAGACCCGGCACCAAUUCCGACUCCCAGAGCACACCAAUCAACCUUCAGGUGGCCAGCAAGCUACCCAAUCAGGACACAGAUGCCGGCACACGGAUUGUGUCCAAGAAUGUUAUUGUCGUCACCACCACCUCUGCCCAGCCUAUCAAAGUUCCCCAGUUUGUCCCUCCACCUAGAUUGACGCCUCGACCCACCUUUCAGCCACAGGUUCGACCAAAACCCCCCAUGCCCAUCAAUGUACCCAUCGCCCCAGCUCCUCCUCCUCCCAUGGUGGCGGCUCCUCUAAUCCAGCGGCCCCUGAUGCUCACCACCAAGCUUACGUCAUCUUUGCCUGCCUCUGCUGGGCCCAUUCACCAGGUGCACAUCGUGAACGGACAGCAGUGUGCCACCAUUGACAAGACCAUGACUGCAGUCAUGAGUGGCACCACGCAAGUCACAGGCAUUGUCAUCAGUCCUGCCCAGACACUUCAGAUCAGCAACCUUAACUCAGACUUGAAGACUGUGAAACCACAGGGAGGACCAGAACAGGUGGUCACGAGUACACCACCCUCAUCCUCUCCUCCUCUUCCAGCUAAGAUCAAACGAGAGGAGAGCCCACAGAAACUUGCCUUUAUGGUGUCUCUUGGGUUGGUCACACAUGGCCAUCUUGAAGAGAUUCAGAGUAGAAGACAAGAACGUAAGAGGAGAACAACAGCCAACCCAGUGUACAGUGGAGCAGUGUUUGAACCUGAGAGGAAAAAGAGUGCUGUCACUUACUUGAACACUCCACUGCAUCAAGGCACCAGGAAGAGAGGUCGCCCUCCCAAAUACAGCACCACCACCACCACCACCAGCAGCACAGCGGUGCCGGAGCUGGGCUGCAACCCCCUGCUCUCCCCCACCAGCAGCCUUCCCGCCUCCCCAGCCCCUGAGCGGCCUGACACAGGGGGCUUUCCCCUCUCUGUCCACCCUCAUUCUGUCCCCCAGCCCAGCCCCAGCUCCGGGGAUGUAAGUAGCCACCUGCCAAGUCUGGGCGACCAUGUUGUUGAAAGGCCCCACUAUUAUUAUUGUUUUAGUAGAUUCCUCUACAUCACAGGCUGGCCCUACCCCCCAAAACCCUUCACUGCAUUCAUCCUGUACACCUCAAAAUGUACAGGAGCAAGUUCUGUUGUUCAUCACUGUUGCCAUAUACAAUUGAUCUCGGUUUCUUUUAUGGCUUUCCAGGGGUCAAGUGGGCACAGCACUGUUCUGUUAUUGAGAGAGUUUCUUUUACAGAUUCUGAAGAAGGAAGAGGCCAUUCCAUGGCCAGGAACCCUAGCAAUUGUCCAUUCCUAUAUUGCUUACAAAGAAGCAAAAGAAGAAGAGAAGCAGAAGUUAAUGAAAUGGAGUGCCGAACUAAAGCUGGAACGAGAACAACUAGAACAGAGAGUGAAACAGCUCAGCAACUCUAUAACAAAAUGUAUGGAGACCAAGAACAGCAUACUUGCCCGUCAGAAGGAGAUGCAAGCCUCUCUGGACAAGGUAAAACACCUGGUCCGCCUCAUCCAGAGCUUUAACUUGACUCAGUCCAUGGAGACGGACAUCCUACAGGAUUCCAAACAGGACUGCACAGAGUCAGGGAGCAUCAAAGACUCAAAGGACGCUACACAAGUGUGUGUGCAGGAGAGUCCCACCGAGCCUAGCGUGCAAGUACCAGCCGCCGUAGCAGUUCCCGAAGUGAAGGCAGAGCCAGAGGUGGGCGAAAUGGCAGAGCCAGCAGCCGCAGUCACACCUGAGGGUGCGUCAGGUGAAUCGGGAGUUAGUGCCCCGGAAGUGCCCAAAACCACACUUGGCGAGGAGAUGAUGGAUACGGUGAAAACGCCGGAGCCUGCGGAAUUGGCUCAGGCCAGGGAUGUAAAAACUAAUGGAGGAACGGACUGUGUUUGUACCGGCUUGAACCCGGAAGAAGAGGAGGGUGCUGUCGAUGCCGCAGAAUCUGUGGGCUCCGAGAACAUCCCUCCCAGUGACAGCAGUUGUUUAGAGGAUGCUGGGAAGAUGGAAGUGGAGCUGCAGGAAGAUGGAAGUCAUGGCGUAAACAACGGCAAAACCUCAGAACCUUCUCAGCAGGCUUUGCCAUCCCCUCUAAGCAGCGUGGACAACCCCAAAUAGUUCUCAGCCUCACACUAAACACAUUUACAUCACCAAAACAUUUAAACAGAUUUCCUAUUGCACCUUGGACUGGUGCACAAAGUUGCCAAUCUAUAAGUAUAUAUAUUAUACAUAUAUAUAUAUAUAUUAUCUAUAUCCAAAUAAAUGUUGUCGUUUUUUUAUUUUCUUUCUUUUCUUUUACUUUUUUUAAAUGGUAAAACUGUGUCAUCAGUACUUCUACAUCCAAGGCAAACUAGUCUUGGUUCUUGUAGACCAAUAGAG